UGCGUCCCAACCAGGAGGUGUUGCCUGCGGGAGAAAGUUUAAAAGAGGCUGAGUGUUGUGUGGCCUCUUUACAGAAGCAUCAAUCAACAUGGUCCCCAUUGUGCUGGCCUCAGUGCUCAUUGCUGCUGCCCUCGGGUGUGGCACCCCGCCCAUUGAGCCCCAGACUUCCCGUGUGGUCAAUGGAGAAGACGCCAAGGCUCACAGCUGGCCCUGGCAGAUCUCUCUUCAGUACGAGAGGGAUGGAGAGUGGAGGCAUACUUGUGGGGGAUCGCUGAUUGCCGCCAACUGGGUCAUGACCGCCGCUCACUGCAUCAACAAGAAGCUCUCCUACAGGGUGUUUGUGGGAAAACACAACAUUGUGGAAGAGGAGGUCGGCUCCAAAGCCAUCUUGCCUGAGAAGAUCAUAGUCCAUGAGAAGUGGAACCCCAUCUUUGUGGCUUUCGGUAACGACAUCGCCAUGAUCAAGCUGUCUGAGCCGGUGACUUUGAGCGAUCAGGUUCAGCUGGCGUGUGUUCCUCCUGCUGGGACCCUGCUGACCAACCUCUACCCUUGCUACAUCACCGGAUGGGGCAGACUCUACACCGGAGGCCCCAUAGCUGAUAAGCUGCAGCAGGCUCUGAUGCCGGUGGCGGACCACCCGACUUGCUCACAGCCUGACUGGUGGGGCAUCGCUGUCAGGACCACCAUGCUGUGUGCCGGUGGCGAUGGAGUCGUGGCUGGGUGUAAUGGUGACUCAGGCGGCCCUCUGAGCUGCAAGAACAUGGAAGGUGUGUGGGAAGUGCACGGCAUUGCAAGCUUCGUCUCCGGCCUGGGCUGCAACUACGAGAAGAAGCCCACCGUCUUCACCCGCGUGUCCGCCUUCAAUGACUGGAUCGAUCAGGUCAUGAUGAACAACUAGAGAGGAUGAAGUGCCAAUAAAACUACUCUUUGCAUUUG